CCCGUCCGUUUUCAACCAUUGGCUCGUCCUCCUUGCGGCCGCACCGGUUCCCGUCUCUGCACUCUCUAUCUCCCCGUCUCCGGCGGCCACACCGGCGCCGCCCCCACGCCUGCUCCCUCCACCGGCGAACCGCGGAGCUGCACCGCCCCUCCCCUGCUCCCUCCGCUCGGUUUGGCUGGAGGUGGACCGAAGCGGGGCGGUGGGGAAAGGCCGGCGCGCCUCGAUCUCGUAGAUCUGGGCGGCGGCCGCGGCGCAGGGCGGCCCGGAGCGGCGGCGGAAGCGGCUUGGCGCGGAGCUGCUGCGGCGGAAGCGGCGGGGCGGUUUCUUCCGCGCUACGCUUGCGGACGGGCCGGCCACUGCGGGUAGCCUAGCCCCAAAACUCCAAACCGAGUUCUGAUAGACUUGAGAGGAAUCAGGAAUCAGAGGGUGCCCGAUUUCCAACUUCCGAGGAGCCGUUGCCGUCACCGGACCUGUUGUCAUCGUAGUCCCGAUGGCCGCGGAAGUGGAUCAGAAAGUGGUGGUGCACGUGCGAUCGACGGGUGAUGCCCCGAUACUGAAGCAAUCCAAAUUCAAGAUUUCGGGACGAGAUAAAUUUUUGAAGGUCAUUGAGUUUCUUCGCCGACAACUUCAUCAGGAUACACUGUUUGUCUAUAUCAACAGUGCAUUUUCGCCAAACCCAGACGAACUGGUAAUUGACUUGUAUAACAACUUUGGAAUUGAUGGGAAACUGGUGGUAAAUUAUGCUUUAUCAGCAGCAUGGGGCUGAAGUUGCUGCAGCAGCAAAGAGAUAGACCCUGAAAAUUCUUCCUAGCGAUUGUAAAUCACAUCUAGUUUUAGUGCUAAUGAGACUGUAAAUGUAAUUUUGUAAAGGUUAUUAUUCACCUGUAUUUCUAUUGUAGACGAUUCCACCUGUACUGUUCAUCACGUUGCACCACAGCCCGUGCUCGUGCAUGUGGCUUUCUGGAUUGUGUAAUGCACCAGCGCAGGUGGUGGAUUGGAAGGACUGUCUUAACCACUUCAUUAUGUUGACCCCUUUUGUCCCUGAAA